AUGGAGCAGGAAACUGUGACUGCCAUUGUUCUGAGAGAGCGACUCUGCCAGAGUCCCGAUGCCUUAGGGUAUGUUGAAUUGGAAGACGGGUCGGUUGUAGUAGUCAGGUGCGAGUGGAUCGAUCACUAUGGAAUCAGCGAAUCAGUGGUGCUGAGGUCGCGGGUGAGGUGUUCUGGAUACAUAGUUGCAUUCUGUGAAUAUAAAAGCGGCAAAAGCGGUGGGAGGUAUCUCUUGUUAUUGAAUUCAGCAGGUACAUUGUUCGUCAGAGAGCUAUCGCAAGACCCAGAUAGUGGUCAAUUACAAGAUGGGUAUACACUACAGUACAGCAUUGAUAUACCAAUCACUGCUACAUUUUGUAACUUGCGGAUUGAUAACGAGCUCUGUCACAUAUAUUUCAACGCAACAGACCUAGAUGUUUACUUAUUGAAAUUUUAUGACAAGAAACAAGGUAUUGAAAUACACGAGGGAAUAACUACUGAUGGUGAUAGUACAAGAAGUCCUAUCUAUUCCUCAUUUGGGAAGAUAAAAACGCUGAAACUCUGUAGAUUUUAUGAAGAGGAACGAGACGUAUCGAGAAUGGAACUUUCUCUGAUCACUUACAAAAGAGGGAGAUGGAUUUUUGAAACUUGUUCAAGGCAAAGCAACAAACUUGAUAGUAGAUGGUCAUGUACGCGUUGCUUGCAGCUACCACAAACAUUGCAUUUAUUACCUUUUAGCUCACCGAAUAACGAAUACGUGUUUGCUUACAUACCAAGUUUUGGAUAUUAUAUCUUAUCUCUAGAUGACAUUUUUGUAAUCCCCUUUGUGAACGGAUUUUUAUGUGAUAUUGGUGGUGUAUUAGUACAAGACUUAACUUAUUUUGAAGGUUUAAGACGUCAAAUCGAUAUAACUGAAACAACAACUAGUAUAACCACAGAUUUGGUAGCAUCUGAAGAUACAUCUCGAUUAAAUUUCUGGUUUUUGACUGACAAGGAUGAGCUAAUAGUUGUAAAGAUUAAUAUAAUUCAAACCGAUGCCCUGGAUUCGGUAACUCACAUGAAUCGGUUUCAGUUUGAAGUAGUAGGCAUUGACCAACCAACCAACAGUGACAUAUCUAGAGACCAAAUAUCACUAAAAAAAAUAUGGCAAUGGCAAAGAGUGUUAGGGCGGCAAUAUUCAAUAUCAAUUAAUGACCAGAAAUUGCCAACACAAAGAAAGAGAAAUAAUGAAGGUCCAAAUAUGAUUUACGAUUAUAAACUAUCGCAAGUCCCCAUAGAGAUUUUGACAGGGUGUGAUUACCAAAGUAAUAGUUACUACCUAGAAGUAGAAUAUAACGGACUUCCUGUUCCACAACCUCCCUCAAAUGGAAAGGAAAAGAAUAUCGAAAAGUGCUGGCAUUUAAUCAAUAAACUCCCCGGUACACCAAGGUUGUCAUAUUUCGAUGGUGAAGCUCUUAUUUGGAAAGAUAAUUGUGACAAUAUCUACAGUGACCAAACUUUACAAAAAGAAGAUGCUCCUUUUGAUUUUAUUGUAAAUGGUGCUAAAAUUGAGAUUAAAAAUAACAUCAACGAUAUUACAUUCUUUCGACUAAAAAAUUCAACCGAGUAUUGCUUUGUUUCAUUUGAUGGAUAUUUGAAUUGGUCCUUCUCAGAUAGUCAGUUUAAUUUGCGUGAUAAAAUCACCAACCCCACAUUAAAAAAUGUCAAAAUAAACACAACAGUCAUAGGAAACAAUGUUGUUCUCACCUAUGCCAUUAUAGAUAAGCAUGUCCUGUGUUUUUUGAAUACAGAGUUAAAGUCGCAUACCAAACUGCAGAUCGAUGUUUCGAGAGUGACUCAUUUCGAUUUUAAUACUUGUUCGGAGUCUACUGAUCUUUUAUUAUUGGAUCCAGAGGGAGUUCUACAUAUCGUCAGAGCAGAUAGCGAUACAUUAAUUAGCAAAUACCAUUUUUGUUUACCAAAUUUAAGAUUCGCGAAGUCAAGCAAAGUAAAUGAAUGGCUAAUCUACUCUUCGGAAUAUAUUGCCAUUUUGAAUUAUGACAUAAAGUUAAAAUCGUAUACUUUGAAAAGCCUGUUCCUACCUGUAACAUUAGCGACCCUGGUUGGGUUUGGUGAUGACAAUAUUUAUGCUGUAAGUGAAAGCGGCUUAUUUAUUAAAAUGGAUAGAGAUUUGUUAGACUUAUCUCCUAAACAGAUUAAAAAUCGUGUUCGACUCGAUUAUAAGCUGGUUGCUAUAUCAUUCUUACCAUUUUCAUAUAGAUAUGUUGUUGGUCAUGUUGAAAAACUUGGGAAUGACGAGAAGGAUCCUGAUAAUAUUGUAGCGUUGAUCGACAUAAUCAAUGGGACAAUAGUUGAUGAAUAUACCACCACAAUUAAUCGUGAAAACCGUAAUAUUUCAUCAAUGUCGCCCUUAUUUUAUAAGGAAGAUAAUAUUCUUCUUCCUGAACUAAAAGGUGAAACUAGCUAUGCAAAAAAAUACGCUGUUUCGCACUGCUUUGCAGUUCUACUUUCUCCAACUAAUCUAGAAGAUAAUCUUCAAAAUAACAAUACCGAUAAUCUUCUUAUUUUUUCGGUUGAUGAAGAUCUGAAAAAGAUAAAGCUGGAGACUAUGGUCCCGACAAAUUCAAACGCUAGUAUAGUCGAAAAUUUUUACUACAGAACUUUUAUGGUAGCAGGUGAUACCGUGGCUCUCUAUGAACUAGAUUAUCUUGUAAAAGAAAACAGAUUUACUGUCCAAAAAGUAUCAAAUGAAGUAGGCGGUAGCUUGGUUUUAGGUGCCGUAAAUAUUUACCAUGGUAUAUCUAACAACGGGUACAAAGAAAGAAACAGGAAGGCGUCAAUUAGCAGAAUUACACUUCUUGACAAAUUUAGAGGUAUCCUGGAAUACAGCAUUUUAUUAGAUGACAAGAAGAAACCAAAUAGUCAACCAGAUGAUUUGAGGUUGCGGAUCAUACCUAUGACCAGCAAGGACGUAAUACCAAUUUCUAGUAUUAUCCAUGAAGGUGAUGUCAUUGACAAAUUCGAGGUUGCUGUUAUUGGGGAUUAUUCCUUUUUUGCUGUUGUCUAUAAUAACCGUAAACUAAUCAUUUUUUUCCAGGAUACUGAAGAACUCCUUGGUUACCAUACAUUCAAUUUACCAGCAACUGUGGAAACCAUCUCAUCACCCAAAAAGGUAGGUCAAAUACAAGAAUCUAUGGAAACACCACUUUUUUACUUAAUAACUACACAGGGAACACGGUUUAAUAUAGUGCUGACAAAAGACUUUCAAGUUUCUGAAUCGGCACUGGAAGAACAAGAGUCUCAUUUAAAUGAACUUGAAUAUUCUGACGGUAGAAAUGAUGCCUCUAUCUUCCCCUUCAUUGACACUAGAAUUUUAACAAAUAUGUUAUAG